AUGGUUCGACAGACCUGGGCAGCUCUGUGUAGUUCUGGCGCCGACCUCGUCCCGCUUCUCUCGAGCAAUCCAGUCAUGAUCUUUCCGGUCCAUGCAAUGCUGCAAGGCCCCGAUUUCAAGCCCUGGAAGUCGUACAAACUCAGUCAUGACGAGGUGGUCAUAUUGGGCAAGGACAGCGCUUUGAUCUAUUAUCGCGUAGAAGCGUCAAGAGACAGCGAGACGUUUAGGGCUAUAUGUUCGAGCGCGUGGGUGCUGGAGGGGUCUACAGAUGGCGCGACAGGCGGUUGGAAGAUGGCCCAUCAUCAGCAGACAUUGAUCUAA